CAACGCGUUGGCUCGCAAAAACAUGCAAUUUCCUCCCUGACUUGUAUUCUGCUGUGCAAAAUAUAAAGACCAGAUUGAUUAGAGUGUAGGGUACUGCCUUCCCAAUUAGCAUCAUGGUUUUCUGCCUACUUGGACCCCUGAAGAGGUACAUCAUAAAGCAAAUAGGCACAAGGAGAAUACAAGGACCACAAAGGGUAGUUGAAGCUAGGCCAUAUGCAGAUGAAAAUAUAUUGGAAAGUGAUGCAUGGAAAGGUGAAGUUCUGAACUCACCUUUAAUUGAGUUCAGCACAGUUCUGUUGGCGACAAACAAUUUCAGCGACAAGCUUGGUGCUGGUGGAUUUGGUCCAGUUUACAAGGGGAGACUACCAGAUGGCCAAGAGAUUGCUAUCAAGAGGCUCUCGAACAGCUCCAGUCAGGGACUGGAGGAGUUCAAAAAUGAGGUGACUGUUCUAUCCAAACUGCAGCACCGAAACUUGGUUAGGCUUUUUGGUUGCUGUGUUCAUGGAGAAGAGAAGAUGCUGGUGUAUGAAUACAUGCCUAACAACAGUCUUGACUCAUUUAUUUUUGAUGAAAAUAAGAGAGUUGAAUUGGGUUGGAAAUUGCGGUACAAUAUUAUUCAGGGAAUCGGGAAAGGUUUACUGUACCUUCAUCAGGAUUCCAGGCUGAAAAUUAUUCAUAGGGACCUGAAAGCUAGCAAUGUUCUGCUUGGUAAUGAUUUCAACCCCAAGAUAUCUGACUUUGGCAUGGCUAGAAUUUUCGGUGAAUACCAACUUCAAGCUCUUACUCACCGAAUCGUUGGAACCUAUGGCUAUAUCUCCCCGGAGUAUGCGAUGGAGGGUAAAUUCUCUGAGAAAUCCGACGUCUUCAGUUUUGGUGUAUUGGUCCUAGAGAUUGUGUGUGGCCGUAGGAACAGCUCCUUCAUUGACGAUGAAUGGUCAAUGAACCUCGUUGGCCACGCAUGGACCCUGUGGAAGGAAGAUCGUACUUCGGAACUGAUCGACGCACUGAUGGGCACCGCCUACUCCCAAGACGAGGUCUGCAGAUGCAUUCAGGUAGGUCUCCUGUGCGUGCAAGAGUUACCAGGCGAAAGGCCUGCCAUGCCUCUGGUGCUUAGGAUGCUGAGUGGUGAUGUUGCACUUCCUGCUCCGAAGCGAGCCGCGUUUUUCGUUGGAAGAGCUCCAGUGGAUGAUAAGGAUACCGAAUCUGGGAACCACCUGACUUAUACUGAAUUGGAAGGCAGGUAGAUUGCCCUUGGCUCAGCUUGGAUUACUGAAGUUGGCGUGCCAGUUCAUUUCCCUUCCUGUUGUUACUUAGAGUUCGAGUUGAAACUUAAUGCUGUAUCUUCUAUUAUUUGUAUGAAUUUGCUUGUAAUUUGUGACAGGCAAGCGUAUUUGGGGAUACUUAUUGUAUAUACAUGUGUAAAUGAUUAGACUUUUGAAUACGUUA